GUAAAGCUAUACUAAUAGUAGUAUGUAGUCUGCAGAACCUAUGUUCGAGAAAUUGAGAAAAGUUAUUUAAACUUUGACAACGUUGUUAUGACGUGAGUUGUCCGAUUUAAACAUUGUUCAAUUUUCGCCAUUAGACCUGGCAACUUUCCACGGACUUCCUUUCGUAAACCGCUGAAAUUAAGAGUACAAAAAAAGCUGUUAACAAAGCUCUUUACCGAUCAGGGGUUUAAGACAUGCUUAGAACAAUCUACUUGGAUUUAUAGAACGAUUACUUCAAUAAAGUUUUAAUUAAAAAUUUAUUUCUUUUGUACGUUUUGUAUAUUUCGUGCAUUAUAUUUCACUAAUCACUUUCAAAACUGUAUUAGAAUGAAUUUGGAAUUGCGAAAGAUGAAAAAUCAUCUCAAGUCAAUUAAUAAAAUUUAUAUUUACUUCACAAACUAUAGAGUACAUAUGUAUAUCUGUGUAAAAGUAUAACGAAGCAAAUUUCGCGGUUUCUUAAGACAUGCACUUCUCUGUUAUGUACAUUAGUAUUGAAACUCUAAACCCUUGACUGAUAAUUUUGUAACAUUUUUUUUAUAUAUACACACGCACGCUCAACACAAUAAUAAAAAAAAAAUACCAGCACAUUUCAAUUCAAUUACACAUUGACGUCUAGACUCGAGGAAUUAAACGAUAAAUAAAUUUUGAACAAACGUCAUUUAAGAAUAAGAACAUUUGUACUUCAUUUAAAAUAAAUAAAAAACCAAAAAAAAAAAAAAAUUACCCACCCUACUUUAAAUGAACUGAAAUAAACAACCAAACAAUAUUAUUUACUCUUCAUACAAAUGUGGAGAUUUUUUAAAAUUUAUUUAAGAAUUUUGUGUUGGGAAUUUGUGUAUAUUUUUACUUGGAACUUUGGGGCUUUGCUUGGUGGAUGUUACUCUUGUGGCAACACUAUAUUCUGAUAUUCCGUGUGUGCAUAGAGCGGCCAUAUGAUUUGAGUUUUUCGUUUUUCAGUUUUUUUUUUAGUUCUGUCACAAUUGAUCGUACUGAGUAGUAGCCAGUAGUGGUUAUAUAAUAUUCUUUCGUUUACCUUUUAUUAUUCUUCUAUUUUUAAUCAAACAAUUAAAAAUAAAUUUAUUUAAUUAUCGUUUUCUUUUCUGUUUUAACAAUUAAUACUAAAUAAGUGAACUGAAAUCGUUGUGAAAUUGUGUUAACGAAAAAAAAUAUAUAUUUUUAGUAAAUUGUGCCGUUAUUUGAAUAUUUUUAUUGAAAAAUUAAAAAAAAAGAAACGUUUUACAACUUUAAACAAAGUUAAAGGAGAGAAAUUUCUACGAUCAACUUUAAAUAAAAUAUAAAAUUUUUAUAUGCGCCGAAAAUUAUAGAAAAAAAUUAAAUAUUUUUUUUCUAUAUGAAAGAUUUUUGUCAAUCGUUUUUUAUCUUUAUUGUUGUUGUUUGUUUUGCUGGUGUUGUUGGUGCUUAUUGUACGUACGACUGAUCGACUGAGGAGCACUAUAGUAUGGGGAUCGUGCAGUAGAAAGAUAGAUGGUGGUGGUGGUGGUACGGUACGAUAUGGUUUAGCUGUAUGGUGGUAAACAUAUGCGUAUGUGCUAAUUUAUAAACUUUUAUUAUAUGAAGAAGAAAAAAAAUAUAUAUAAAAAAAUAAUAAUAUAGAAAAUACGUUGGUAAACGGAGUACAGCCAUUAAUUUCGAAGCAAAGACGGUCGACCAUUAUUAUUGUAAUAAUAUAAAACGCUGGUGGCUGGUUAGCAACAAUAAAAAAGAAAGAAACACUUCAUUAAAUAAAAAUUAAUUUUAACAUAACAAGUGAAACUUUAAGAUAAACUGCGUUAAAGUAUUAAUAAAAAGUUUAGAAAAAGAAAAUACGAAAGAAAAAUAAAAUAAAAUAAAUAAAUUCUAAAUAAAAAACCGCGACGAUAAACUUUAUGAUGGAUUACGUGGAAAUAACAAAAAACCGAAAGUAAUUAAUGUAAAGAAGUAUUAUUUAUAUUAAUAAAGUGAUGAUUGAUUUUAAACAACAACACUAAUAACAUUAAUAAUUAAACGGGGAAAAACAGACGACGAUAAAGAAGAAAACGAUUUACGAAUUACGAAUAAAAUAAUAACAAUAAUCAAAAUAAUAAAAAUAAUCACAAUAAAGUAAUAAAAAGUAAAGUACAUAACUGAAAAAGAAAACAAAAUGGCUGAAUCUGGUAUUGAUUUAGAUUUUGACUUUGAAAUUGAUUAUCAAUGUCCCAUGGAUGAAGAUAGGCUCGAAGAUGUAUUGCCUUCAGUUAAAGUCUCGGGUCCAAAUUCUAGUGAUGUUGAAUUCUAUGAACUUAAGUCGGCUACACGCACGAUUAGACCCGAUAAUAUACCAACGUUUAAAACCGUUACACCCACCUCAAGGACACAAUUGAAAUUACAGUUGCAGAGAGAGCAACAACAGCAAGAGUUAGAACGAAGAGAGGCCGAAAAGAGAGAGACUGAUGCUUUUCAACAACAGCAGCAGCAGCAACAACAACAACAACAUCAUCAAUUGCAAAGUGUUUAUCACAAUCAACAACAGCAGAAGCAGCAAAUCAAUUUAGAACAGCAACAGCAUAAUAAUAGCAACAACAACAACAAUAACAACGUGGGCUCUAGUCCCCAAGUGCAAAUUCAGUCUAAUCACAACAAUAGUAGCGGCAACAGCCACAAUCGCAAUUCAAAUUCGGAUAGUUAUGGGUCAAAAAAUAUGGACACCUUAAUGAUACCGCAAGCUCAGUCGAGUCCCGUUACAGUUAAGGUGCCCCUCAACUCGAUCGGUGUCGAGUUGCCCCAACAGGUUUUGCAAGUGCGAACAAUUUUGGAAAAUCCCACACGUUAUCAUGUCAUACAAAAGCAAAAAAAUCAAGUGCGUCAAUAUCUUAGUGAAUCAUUCAAAAAUCAAACCGAUUGGAGCGGUAGAGCUGCCAGUUCACUGGCAAAUCUCAGAGUUACGGUGGCCAGUUCAAAUCCCAAUCAACAACAAACACAUCAAAAUAAUGAACGUUCCAGCAGCAGCUAUACACUUGGCAUGAAUGCCAAUAACAGUAUUGUAAACGACAACUGUUCAUCGGUGAACAGCUCUCCGCGGCAAAUGCGUAUGACACCGGCUGCUUCACCCAACAGUGCCACCAUACUCGAUGACAAUAUGCCCUUGUCGCCCUACAGCAUGGGCAACAAUAAUAGCAAUGGUGCCAACUCCUAUUACAUGCCUUAUACCAGCUCAGAUAAUGGCAAUCAACAAUCAUCGCUCAAAUCGUUUGGCAAUAAUUCUGCCAGUAAUUUGGGCAAUAGUAAAAGUGCCAAUAAUACCUCUUUGGGCAGUCGUUCAAAUCCUGGUAAUCUAGUUAAAAUGAUGCGUAACACAAAUUUUAUGAAUUCAUCCGGUCCCAGUGGCAUGGCCAGUCCUAUACAAUCCGCCACACCUAGUUUAAGUUCAGUAGCGACCAGUAAUUCGGAACUACCGCCAUCGUUUGAAAGUGAUGCCGAUUUAGAUUUUGAGGAUAUUUUGCACAACAAUAAUCUUAAUGACACCCUCAAGUUUGACGAUUCUUUCUCGACGGAGCUAAACAUUAAACAGGAACCGCACUCUAUGAGCGAAGCAGAAGCCAGUGCUUUGGCCAAAGAUCGUCAGAAAAAAGAUAAUCACAAUAUGAUAGAACGUCGUCGUCGUUUCAAUAUAAACGAUCGCAUUAAGGAAUUGGGUACCCUGCUGCCUAAAACCAAUGAUCCCUACUAUGAAGUGGUGCGUGAUAUAAGACCCAAUAAGGGUACUAUUCUGAAAAGUUCUGUUGACUACAUUAAAUGUUUAAAACAUGAAGUGGCACGUUUGAAACAAAACGAAUACCGUCAACGACAGAUUGAAGUGCAAAAUAGACGUCUGCUUAAUCGUAUCAAAGAACUGGAAAUGCAAGCAAAAUCCCAUGGUAUACCAUUAACCGACUUCAAUAAUACCUCCGUUUCAGCUCCAACACCAACAACAUCCUACUUAAAAAAUUCUAGUCCUUCUAAUAAUAUGAAUCAUCAUUCUACACCGUUGAUCAACAACGAAGUGUCACAAGAACAGCAGUCAACAAAUGCCUCUAAUCAUAAUAAUAAUACUAAUAAUAAUGAUAAUAACCUUAAUAUAAAUAUUAACACAAUGGAAGACCUCAUGGAGGAUAGUAAGCAUAAUUUGUUACAAGGUAGCGGCGGCGGUGGUGGUCUUGGAAUUGAUACCAUGCUUUCAAUACCGAGCAAUCAACUCUUACAAUCCGCACCCCAUUCGCCCAGUCUACAAAUGCAAUGUAGUAUUCACAGCUACACAUCGAACGGUGGCAAUGAUUGCAACGAACACAAUCACAAUGACAGCUGUUGCGGUAGUAGUCAUCAAUUGUCCUUAGACGAUAUUUAUGCCAGCAGUUCACCGGUGUCUUCACCAGCGCAUCACACACAUUCAAACACUACCUCUACGACACCAACUCCCACCAAUCAUCAUCAAACACCCCUUAAUACAUGCUGUGGUGCUGGUAGUAGUCUCGGCUGCCUAUCCAGUAGUUGCUCAAAUAAUUGUCAUCAUAAAUAUCAACACGGAUCAAAUAGCACACUACAACAAUGUCAACCCAGUCCCAACAGUAACUCAGCAAAUUUCGAUCUAAUGGUAGCUUGUGGUUCCGACUCACUUGGCGAUUGCCAUCAUCAUCAUCACCAUCAUCAUAAUAACAAUGACAGUUUGGCAGCAUCACCCACAUCAUUACAGCACGGACGAGAUCCUUUGCUUUCCUCCUCUCAUCAACAUCCCCUCGAUGCUCAUAGUCAUUUGGAUACACUAGAUCCGCAUCAACAUGAUCUACAUCAUCAUCAUCAUCCGUUGCAUGAUGAUCCCGAUGAUAUGGAUCAUCAUCAACAUCAUCAUUCUGUUGAUCUCGCCAGUGCUAUAAUGAGUGAUACUCUAUCGCUUGUCUCAUCCAAUCCCUCAGAAUCUAUACUACUAUCAUCGGAUUUUCUUGACAUUGAUAUGUCGUGAUAGUUAUGGUGUACAGUCAGACAAUGAUUGAACAUUUUUUUUUUAAAUAUUGUGCUCAGAAAAUUAGUAAAAUUUUUUAGUGAAAAAAAAAAUUAACAGGGAGCAAGAGAAAGAGUGAGAGAGAAAAAGAGCAAAGCACAGAUAAGGCGAAGAAUUAUAUUGCUCAAAACACAUACCAUUGUUAAGUACUUCACACGUUUUUUUGUUCGCAACCUUAACAGUAAAGAAUCUUUUUUUUUUGGCUUGAUAUUUUGCGUAUAUCAAUUAAAUUACUUUCUCUUAAAUGUUUGCAAUUUUUUUUUUGCAAUUUGUGUCAUAUUUUUUUGCUGCUUCUUUGAGCAAUUAAUUAAAUUUAUAGAUUUUUUUUAUCAAUAUUUUGUUUCUAGUGGCUUUAAAUAAGGGCUGUGAUUUAUUAAAAGAAAAAUUAAACGUAUAUAGUUUUUUUUUUUUUUUUUUAAUUUUUGCAGAUAACAUUUGCUUCCGGUUCAAAAAGUCUCAAUGAUUUCUUGGUUUUUUUUGUCUGAAUUUUUUUCGGCUUCAUUCAUGAAUGAUUUUUAAGGUGUAUUUUAUUAUUGACCAAAAUCAUAAUUUUGAAUUAAAAGUUAUGCUAAAAUUAAACAAGAUUUAGGGCGGGUUUCUUACUACUCAGUUAAACUACGCUUAACAUGCUGUUUGAUUAAACUAGGAACAAAUUUAGGCGGUUUUUAGCCGAUGAUUGUGUUUUUCAGUUAUGGAUUUAAGUUCACUUAACUUUGUUGGCAUUGCCAACUUUUCACUCAAAAAACAUAAACAAUGAACAGCUGUUU